AUGGCGCAACUGCAGCUGCUGCAGCAGCAGGUACUGCAGCUGACUCAGCUGCUCGCCAUCAACCAGCAGCAGAACAUGCAGCUCACCCAGCAGGUGGCCUCGCUUACCCAGCAGAUGGCGCAGAUGGCCGCAGCACAGCAAUCUGCGAGUCAGUCCGCCUGCACGCCGGCGCCGGCCCCCACGCCCGCGCUUGAGCCACUGCCUGUCGCGCCGGCGGAGCCGCCGGCUGAUCUUGUAGCAGAGGUUUCACAAGCGGCGCACCAUUCAGAGCUGCAGUCAGCGCCGGACGCGGCGGAGUUGAAUGGAGACCAGGGCGCUUUGGAUGAGGAGCCGGAGGGCCAUCAGGCGGCGCCUCUUGAGACCGAGAUCGAGCCGACCGCCUCGGCCCCCGGCGGGGCAGACACCAGAGGCGGUGGCGACAGCCGCGGGAGCAGCGACGACAUCGAUGGCGGGCAUGGGGAUGCCGCCGUGAGCCCGGCGGACGCGGGGCCAAGGGGUGCGCCUGGUGCUGUGGUCGAUGAAGUGAGGGACGUGGUUCUAGAGGAGCCGGGCCAACAGGAAGGGUCCGAGCCCUCCGGGGACGACGUUGGGGCGUCAGCCGUGGCCGCAGCUGCGGAGGCUUCGGAUGAGGAGGCGCGCGUCCCCGAAGCAGCUGCGCGCGGCGCGGCGGCGCCGUUUGCGGGCGGCAGCCGGGCAUGGGCGGCGUUUGAUGGUACGGACCCUUUCAUCGCGUCGCUGGCUGCCGCUGGCACAAGUGUCCCUGCCAUCAUCCAGGCUUAUGAGUCCCACCUGUAUGGCCCUGCCCUGAACCAGCAGCAGCAGCAGCAGCAGCAGCAGCAGGACAGCGGCGCCAGCCCCGUCAGCAGCGGCCCCGCCGCGCCCCGCCAGGCACUGUCGCCGGCACAGCUCGCGGCGGCUGCGCACGCCGUGGCCCGCGCCGCGCGCGACAGGCCGAUGCACCCUGCUGCGCUGCGGCCUGCGGUCGACUUUGCCUCCAGCAUUGCCAGCCAGCUGGCGCAGGCACUGCAGCGCAGCGCGCCUGGCGGCGCGCCGCCGCUGACGCCCGACCAGGCGGCUGCCGCGCUCGUGGCGUUUGCGGCUCUGCUGGGGCCGGCGCCGACAGGCACAGGCGGCGGCGGCGGCGGCGGCACGGCCGCUGCGUCGCGGCCGGCGGCUCCUCCGCUGGCGGCCGCGCCGGCGCUGCUGUCCCUUUCGGCGCGCGCCGCGGGGCAGGCGCCGCCGGGGGGCGACCCGUCGCCCGUGCUGGCGAGGGCAGCGGGGGCGGCGUGCCUGCUGGGCAUGCGGCCGCCGCCGGUGCAGGUGGUGGCGUUCCUGGCGACCACGCCCCCGGGGGCCCUGGAGGGGUGGAGCCUGGAGGACGCAGCCUU